AUGGCUGUCACUAACUCUGCCAGUGCAGCAUCCGCUGCCAAUUCCAACUCGUCUGCCUCCAAAAGCACCGAGCUCGCUCAAUUGACCGGUGUCGAAGCUGCCAAGCGCGCCGCUGCUUACGCUGCCGUUGACAACCACGUCAAGCCCAACCACGAGAUUAUCGGCAUUGGUUCCGGCUCGACGGUACCCUACGUCGUCGAGCGUAUCGCACAACAAGGCGCAACCGUCAAUGCCAAGCGUUGGUUCAUCCCCACUGGUUUCCAGUCGCGCGAGCUCAUCAUCACCGCCGGCCUUCGCCUCGGAGACGUCGACAGCUUCCCCAGCAUUGACGUCACCAUCGACGGCGCUGACGAGGUCGACAAUGCCCUCAACUGCAUCAAGGGCGGCGGUGCCUGCCACUUGCGUGAAAAAGUGCUUGCAGAAGCCGCCAACGAAUUUGUCGUCGUCGCCGAUUAUCGUAAGAACGGCUCCCAGCUCGGUACCAAGUGGCUGCAAGGUGUUCCCAUCGAAGUCGCGCCCUUUGCCUACGCCAAGGUAUUGCAGAACCUCAACAAGAUGGGUGCCGAGAAGCCUGUGCUGCGCAUGGGCAAGGCCAAAGCUGGGCCCGUCGUGACCGACAAUUCCAACUUUUGCAUCGACGCUCCUUUCCCCGAGGCACAGAUGAAGGACCCUUCGGAUUUGCUCAAGCGCAUCAAGCUACUUACCGGUGUUCUUGAGGUUGGGCUCUUCUGCAACAUCACGAAGUCGGCCUACUUUGGCAACGAUGAUGGCACCAUCACAAUCAAGACUGCCGACGGAAAGGUUCAGGAGGGCGUCCACUUUGAUGUCACCAAGCCUCCUGCAACGGCAUGA